CCACAACUUUCAUAUUUUUUAAUUACCCACUAAACUAAAACAAAUUUGGAAAAACAUGAAAAACUUUUUCUUUUUUUCCAGGUUCGUGAACCUCGUACCCUCUAUAUAAACCUCUUAACCACCUUCCACAUAGAAAAAAGUUCAGAUAUUUGAUAAAUCAAUCAACAAAACAAAAAAAACUCUAUAGUUAGUUUCUCUGAAAAUGUACGGACAGUGCAAUAUAGAAUCCGACUACGCUUUGUUGGAGUCGAUAACACGUCACUUGCUAGGAGGAGGAGGAGAGAACGAGCUGCGACUCAAUGAGUCAACACCGAGUUCGUGUUUCACAGAGAGUUGGGGAGGUUUGCCAUUGAAAGAGAAUGAUUCAGAGGACAUGUUGGUGUACGGACUCCUCAAAGAUGCCUUCCAUUUUGACACGUCAUCAUCGGACUUGAGCUGUCUUUUUGAUUUUCCGGCGGUUAAAGUCGAGCCAACUGAGAACUUUACGGCGAUGGAGGAGAAACCAAAGAAAGCGAUACCGGUUACGGAGACGGCAGUGAAGGCGAAGCAUUACAGAGGAGUGAGGCAGAGACCGUGGGGGAAAUUCGCGGCGGAGAUACGUGAUCCGGCGAAGAAUGGAGCUAGGGUUUGGUUAGGGACGUUUGAGACGGCGGAAGAUGCGGCUUUAGCUUACGAUAUAGCUGCUUUUAGGAUGCGUGGUUCCCGCGCUUUAUUGAAUUUUCCGUUGAGGGUUAAUUCCGGUGAACCUGACCCGGUUCGGAUCACGUCUAAGAGAUCUUCUUCGUCGUCGUCGUCGUCGUCCUCUUCUACGUCGUCGUCUGAAAACGGGAAGUUGAAACGAAGGAGAAAAGCAGAGAAUCUGACGUCGGAGGUGGUGCAGGUGAAGUGUGAGGUUGGUGAUGAGACACGUGUUGAUGAGUUAUUGGUUUCAUAAGUUUGAUCUUGUGUGUUUUGUAGUUGAAUAGUUUUGCUAUAAAUGUUGAGGCACCAAGUAAAAGUGUUCCCGUGAUGUAAAUUAGUUACUAAACAGAGCCAUAUAUCUUCAAUCCAUAAACAAAAUAGACACUUUAAUAAAGCCGUGAGUGUUAAUUUUUCAAUCUAGUUUCAUUUCUUACAUGACAUUCACGGCUUUAUUAAAGUAUUACACCAUAUCCCCUAAUACAAUCUCUUAACUCAAUUUGAGUUCUAUAUUGCUAAGUAGCCAAAACUUGAUCGAAGAGGUAACAAUUACUAAAACCAAAAUCCAUCAACAGUAGCGCGACAAUAAAUAAUAACCUAUCUAUUUUAGAUUUUUUUUUGUUGUAAAUGUUGUGA